AUGGAGGGUCAACAACAAGUGAUGGUUGUUGAAGAAAUUGUGGAGGAGGGAGAACAACAUGAGCUGGCUAUUGAACAACAGCCAGCAAAUGUUGUCAUGAACUCGAACGAAGAAGAAGCUCAAGGACAAUGGGGAAAAAUAAAAAAGGUUGCCCCAUUUAUCAUUGGGAUGUUGAUCCCAAUGCUAAUUGGAGGCAACUCUAUCUUCACUAAAAGGGGAUUGAAGGAGGGAAUGAGCUUUAGUGUGUUUUUAUUUUAUAAAAACACACUAGCCUCCAUUGUGUUACUUGUGGCUACAUUGAUUACCAGAACACCGUGGCCCAAAAUGACGCGCUGGCUUGUCAUUCGGAUCAUAGCAUUGAGCGUACUCGAGCCGGUCUUGAGCCAGAUUGCCAUAUUUUCUGGACUGAAAUUCACACCAGCGAGUUUCUCUAGUUGUCUCAUUGCCACUGGUCCAGCCUUGACAUUAGUUGCCUCCUGGAUUUUACAACUGGAGCACAUUGCAAUUAGUGAGAGGCGCAGCCAAGCAAAAUUGCUUGGCAUGGUGAUGGUGAUUACUGGAGGUUUGGUUGUCGGCCUGUAUAAUGGCCCAACCAUCACAGUGUUGCAGCCCUCGCACAUCAGCGGCCAAAAUGUCGUUUCUCAUCGGCUGACCGAGAAUUGGAUCCGAGGUCCAUUACUGGUGUCGUUCUCUGUGCUCUUCAGUGUUUUGUACAACAUCUUGAUGGAAAUGACAACCAAGAAGACAGAUGCCUCGCCUCUAUUUCUCACAGCAUCUAUAUGCACUCUAGGUGCAUUGAUGAAUUUGAUUGUUGCUGUUGCAAUGGAGAGUGGAUCCGGAUUCGUUUGGAUCGUGGGCCUAAACACAAAACUCGUCUGCUAUCUAUAUUCGGGAAUUGUGGUCUCGGGUUUUACGUCAUUCCUACAGAGCAUGCUGCUGCGAGAGAGAGGUGCUGUGUUCUUGACGUCGUUUAGCCCCCUAUCUACAAUUUUUGUCAUGAUGGUGGGUGCUAUAGUGCUUAAGGAGGUCAUACAUGUAGGAAGUAUUCUGGGGGCUCUCAUUAUCGUUACAGGGCUUUUCAUCCUUCAAUGGGGCAAGCUCAAGGCUAGUGCAUCUGAGGAUGGCUGA